GCACCCACCCGUCACUUGUGAUAAGUGCAUAAAAUGCAGUGUCAUUUGAAUCAUGGCUCAUCUAUCAGUUACGAAACCUUGCUACCAUUCGAGUCUUAGUCUCAACAAGAACGAGCACGUUCAACCAAGAUUCAAGUGUGAGUCUUAGGGGUUCGGAUCCGUUCCAAUUUCACCCCAAAAGAAGAGAAGAAGAAGAGAUGGUGGGACCAGCAAGACCCCUGUUCGUACUCUUUGGUUCUUCCCUGGUUCAGCUCAGCUAUUCCCAGCAAGGUUGGGGCGCUAUUCUUUCUCACUUGUAUGCUCGUAAGGCUGAUGUUAUUCUGCGAGGAUAUUCUGGCUGGAAUUCAAGGCGUGCUGUGCAAGUUCUGGCCGAAAUUUUCCCAAAGAAUGCCACUCAGCAACCAUCAUUGGUUAUUGUGUACUUUGGUGGUAACGAUUCUCUUCUUCCUCAUCCAAGUGGCCGUGGUCAACAUGUACCUCUCCAAGAAUACAUAGAAAACAUGAGAAAGAUAGGUGCCCAUCUGAAGAGCCUUUCAAAGAAGACUCGCAUCAUAUUUCUCACUGCACCUCCUGUUAAUGAGGCAAACCUUACCGGAGACAGUUUGCUGCCGGGUCAGCAAUUAAGAACAAACGAAUCUUGUCGAAUAUAUUCAGAAGCACUUUUGGAGCUGUGCCGUGAGAUGAAUAUCAAGGCCAUUAAUAUGUGGUCUUUACUCCAGAACCGGGGUGACUGGAGAGAUGUUUACUUCACGGAGGAUGGAAUUCAUCUUAGUGUUGAGGGGAGCAAUGUGGUUGUAAGAGAGAUAUUGAAGGUCAUCAAAGAAGCAGAGUGGGAACCAAGCCUGCAAUGGAGGUCAAUGCCAACUGAAUAUGGAGAAGAUUCACCUUAUGAUCCAAUUGGCCCUGAUGGAAACAAUGUCAAUGUCAGUUCCCUCUUUGAAACUCUGCAAUGGGAAUAGAGUUGAAGCAAGAAUCACAGAAUAACAGGAAAUAAGAACCGUAUACAAACUAAAAGUUUUUUGUUCUUAGUUCACAUAUGCAUCGUUUAUCACUGGAUUUUCUCACCUUGAGUGGAAUGAAAUGGUGACUAUAAUUGCACUUUGAUUGAGCCAAUUGGCAUUGCAAUUGUAGGACACUAAAAGAAGAACCCUUCUAGGUAAAUGAAUUCUAGGACAUUAAACUAAGUCGAUUAUUUUAAUCUACGUAACGUGUUUCACGAUAUGACAAGAUUUUAAUUAAUCUAUGUAAACCUAUUAAAAGUUUGUUCGAAA